AUGAUACUGAAUCGGUUGGCCUUCCUGGCAUGGGCGAGUCCGGCAUUCAGCUUGGUCUCAAGGGAGUCACCACCCUUGGCUCCGGAGCAAGCGUACGACCCCAACAGGGCACCUUCAGAGGAGAGCCUCAGGGAGUUUUCCGGCGACUGGCUUUUUCACGUGAGGACGACCUCUUGUCAUGGAGAUGCUUUUGACAAUGGCACCUACACCUCGGUGUCUCGCACGUUUCUGCCAAUGCUGUGCUUGGGCUCGGUGGGGCUAAUUCUGUGUACUGGCGGCGCUUCCAAGCGGGUGGAUCCUCCACCCGAUGCUGAGAACGCAUCGGCGAAUGACAGCCCUCAGUCAUCGCCGCAGUCACCACCGGCUUCGGGCAGACUGUGGCACGUGGACUUUGCCCGCAUCUGUGCAGUGAUGUGCGUGAUCUUCGAGCAUUGCGGUGGGAUGAGCUACACUCAUCGAAAUGUGGGCUUUGGCCUGUGGUGGGCACUGCCAUAUUUGUACCUCACCAGCGGCAUGUCUUCGAUGAUAUCCAAGUCUUCGAUGUGGGGCUACAUCUUCCGCUUGCUCUUGGUAUUCGCAGUGGGUGUGCUGGCGAACCUCUUCGCUGACGUGGUGACUCGCCGGGACUGGCGGCACGACUUUGGCAACACCAUCUUCCAAAUGUUCUUCGUUGUGAUGCUGCUGAUCAUGGCGCCCCUUGCGGAGCCGCUGCGUUUGGCGCUGCGGGACCGCGCGGCAGGCCAGAGCGUGGGUGUGAGCACGCAGCUGAUGGCGGGCUGGUGGGGCCUGCUGGCGGCAGCAGCCUUGGCCGCCUUCGUGCGGGGCUACACGGGGGACUCCCCGGACAUCGUAACGCAGACCUUCCAAGACGAGAAGGUGUCCCACUGGAUCCAGUUCUAUGCUCCAGUGCUGCGCCACACCCCCAUCAUUCUGGUGCACGUGGGCGGCACGCUCUUCCUGAGUCUGUUGGCCACCAUCAUCUGCAGUGAUCACCUCAGCGGCGUGGUGGGCUGGGUGCUGCUGGCCUUCACGUACCUGCAGAUGAUCGUGAUACCCUGGGACCAGGACAGCUUUGCCCACCUGGUGACCUUGAACAUCCUGGGAAUGGUCACCUACCAGUGGCCGCUGGCCGGCAGCACCAAAAUUGCCGCGUGGGUGCAGGCAUAUUGGCCAUUUCUCUUGAUGUUCCUUUGCCUGGACUCGAUGCCUGACAUGUGGGGCCGUUGCGAUGUGCAUUCCCCAUAUUCGACCUGGGAGCGAUUUCGCAUGUUCUUGGGGGAGUUCAUUUUGGUGGUUUGCUUUGUCACGGGCGCAUUCACUCCAUCUGACCCGAACAAUAUCACAUCCUGGCUGGGCCACUGGUCACUCUAUGCCUAUUGCUUCCAUGUGAUGUGGUAUCGCCUGCUGGGCUCUCCCUAUGGAGCCAUUGUGACCUUUGCAUGCAUCCCAGUCUUCUGGCUUCUGAGUCGAAGCCAAAGUCGCACGAAAUAG